GCAUCUCCAUCCUUUGGAAAAAACAGUUGCAAAUUCUCCGAAAGUGAUAAGUCAACUGAAAACGAGAUGGAGUCUUCUCAUUAGCAUUAGAAAUACAAAGUGUAUAGUUUUCCAUUUCCACCGUAUAUUCAAAGUUGAAGGUUCCAGCUUCCAAGAAAGAAUCCCCUUGUAUUUGCAGCAAUGGAGCACGUGACCUACAAUCUCAAAGGAUGCUUAUUCCAAGUCCCCCGUAGAUACGGUCACCCGCUUCGCCCUAUUGGUCGUGGCGCCUCCGGCCUCGUCUGUGCUGCUAUGGAUACAGAGACUAACGAGGAAGUGGCGAUCAAGAAAAUUGGCAACGCAUUUGAGAACAGAAUUGAUGCUAAGAGGACUUUGAGGGAGAUCAAGAUCCUACGCCAUAUGGAUCAUCCAAAUAUUAUUUCCAUCAGGGACAUUAUAAGGCCACCGAGCAAGGAGGCGUUUAACGAUGUGUACAUUGUGUAUGAAUUAAUGGACACUGACUUGCAUAAGAUAAUUGCAUCUGAUCAACCAUUGACAGAUUAUCACUGUCAGUAUUUGAUGUAUCAGGUGUUGAGGGGGUUGAAGUAUGUGCACUCAGCGAACGUGCUGCACCGUGAUCUGAAGCCGAGCAAUCUGUUCCUCAACGCAGACUGUGACCUCAAGAUAGGAGAUUUUGGGCUGGCUAGGAGCACGUCGGAUGCCAACUUCAUGACAGAAUACGUGGUGACCCGUUGGUACCGGGCACCCGAGCUGCUCCUCAACUGCUCAAAGUAUACAGCUGCAGUUGAUGUAUGGUCAGUUGGGUGCAUCCUUGCUGAGAUCUUGACCAGAGAGCCCCUCUUCCCCGGCGGAAACUACCUCCACCAGCUUCUGCUCAUCACCAAGCUGUUAGGAACACCGGAUGAUUCGAGCCUCAAGUUCCUGCUAAGUGAGAACGCGAGAAGAUAUGUGAAGCAGCUUCCUCACUUUCCAAAGCAGCAUUUCCCAGCUGUGUUUCCCAACAUGUCACCUCUGGCUCUGGAUCUGCUGGAGAAGAUGCUCGUGUUCGACCCCGACCAACGUAUAACAGUUGAUGAGGCUCUCUCUCAUCCCUAUUUGUCAGUUCUUCAUGAGAUAAACGCACAGCCUGUUUGCUCCAUGCCUUUUACUUGUGAUUUUGAGCAGCCAUCAAUUACUGAAGAAAAUGUUAAGGAGCUCAUUUGGAGGGAGUCUCUCUUCUUCAAUCCAUAUCCACUUCAUUAGUUUUAGUUUUAGUUUCUUUUUUUUUUUCAAUCUGCAUUUAAUAUUUCGUGUAUUUUGUGUAAUAUGUUUAUAAUUAUAUUGUUUUCUCUUUCGUCUGUGUAUUAACUGAGGGUAUAGGUGCCACAAUCAAGAUUUUCAGAACCUUGGUUAAUAUUAUUGAGUGUAUACUAUAAUGUGUGUUUUAUUAUUAUCA